AUGAGGGCGCGGGAGCUUCGCCUAGGGCCUAUCACGCGCCCUAGGAUGCCCCCUAUGGCUUCUUUAGCCGCUACGCCCCCACCUGCGCGCUUAACGUGCGCAGAAUCGCCUUCGUGGCGAUUCUACGCGCCGCUGGCGGCGCAUAUUGCGCUACCAAACUCGCUUUUGGUGCGCCGCGUCCGAGCGCAGUCGCGAUCGGCUAAGCCGACUGCGCGGGGCGGCUGGCAGCGGCGGGGUUUGCCCCCUCGACGUGCUGGAUGGGUAUGCGCUGCCCACUCUUUCAAUAGAGAGGGCUUAUUGCGUGUACCGCUGCCCCCUCGCUCCGCAUCUGCGCCUCUCGAAGGUGCAGGGGCAGCGGGAAUGCGCAGCCAUAUCCCCUCUCCUCCCCCCCCCCGUGUGCUACGUGCCGCCGCGGACGCGUCACUAGACGCGGAAGGGCGCCCGUAG